CGGUGUUCUCAGGAGUGCAGAGAAAGCCGCGGGAGUCUUCGUUGAUGGAGCAGCGGCGGCUCUGAUCCACCAGAUUAUUCCGAGCUGAGGCUUUUGCCACCUUCCUUCUUAGCCGCAAAAAGAUACUGACAACUGUCCAGCCCGGGCAAGAGCCACGUGAUCGGCUAGUGUCACGUGACCCGGGUGCUGGGCCUUGGAAGUCCGCUACCCUGGCAACUGACCGGACCCCACGGCCUUCCGGGGAAGGGCGGAAUUCAGAGAGCAUUUUCAAUGGAAUGUUUAGUUUGAGAAGUGAAAACUGCUGAUUAUGGCUUACUAUUCCAAAGAAGACCUGGAUGAAGAAUUUGAACAGUUCAUGAAAGAGCUUUCAGAUGAAUCUUUUGAAAAGUCAAACAAAACACCAAGACAACCCAAAAGAGAAGUGAAAAUGAAAGAUACAGUGCCAUGGUGGAUGAGUGAAGAUGAUUUUGAAGAUGGUGGACUGCUUGGAACAAAUGUAAGCUAUUUGAAAACAAAGCAGACCGCUCAGCCUAUUACGGAAACAGAGGAGCCCUCUGCCAGACCGGUUCAGGUUCUUAAGAACAGUGGAACCUCUGUCUUAAGUAUUGACAGUUUAGAAACAAAUGACAUGGUAGUUUCUGAGCUCAAUCACAGUGUCCUUGGAUUGGGAUUGGACACAUUAGAAGAACAAGAAGAAAAAGAACAGUUUUUUGCCAGGCUUGAGAAAGGCUUAACAUCUUCCAUUGAUUAUUCAAGAUUAAAUAAGGAGUUAGAUUCUAAUGACUCCAUACAUUUUAAAGCUUUACAUAGUAAUCAAGCUAAUGCAGAAUUUACUGAAGAUAAAGAGGAGAAUGAAUCAAAACAUGAAGAACAGCCAGAAAAUUACAGUGAUGAUUUUGAAGAUGAGGAUAUUGAUGCACAUUUGACUACUAAAGAAGAGACUAAUUCCAAAGAAAAUUCCAUAUCAGAAAAUAUAAAUGCACCCAAACAGGAAGAAGAGAAAACUGGCAUGCUGGCUAAUGUGGAGCUGCUGGAUUCAUUAGACUCUGUUGCAGAGGUCAACCUUGAUGAACAGGAUAGAGUAACAACUAAGCCAAAAGCCCUGCCAGAAAUAACUGAUAAUGAAAUGACAGGAACAGCUGUUUCUUGCGGGCGAAGCAGCAGUGACAUUGAAGCUUUGCAUCAGGCCUAUUACCAUCUAGCCCAUUCCGGGGGGGACGCAGAGGAGGAAGGACUUGGGAGCAGUGCAUUGGAGAAAGCUGAGAGCUCAGCGAAAGAUCAUCCUCAGGAAGACAGAGAGUCCCCUAAACACAUCUCUACUACAGAAUCUGAUCUGCCCACAGUAGAGGAGCUGAUGAAACCUAUCAAAAUAAAUUCCUUUGGAGUCAGUGGUUUUGACUUACAACCUGUCAGCUGUAAGAAAUUGGCUGAUAGUAAAGAAACUGAAUUUGUUAGCCCUUCACCCCUGAAUAUGAACCCAAAUGUUAUAUCUCAAGAGCCACAAAUUGGGAACCAAUUUUUUGACAAAACGCAAGAGAAUGUGGUUUUACAAAUGACAACAAACAAAUGUAUAGAAAACAGCUGUCCAAGAGUAAAUACUAUGGAAGAACAUGUAGAUAAAAUGUACCUUGAUAUUUUGAAGAAAAAGAUAUCUGUUGGUCCUACAUUAUUACCUCAGGAUGACAAAUUAAAUAAAACUUACAGAUCUCAGCUCAGCUCUGGAGAGGAAGAGGCUGUAACUGGGAAACAGGUGCCAUACAAGGAGACUGGAAGUGCCCCUUCUUUGCUUAAGAGAAAACCCCAGAGUGCACUAUAUGCGUCAGUUAGGAGCUCAGGCUACGGCAAACCCAGUUCACCAUUCAAGACGUUUUCUACUCUUGAAAAGAAAACUUCAAAGGGCAUGAAAAGCAAAAACUUGAGAUCCAUUCCCACAUCAAAUCAAACUAGGAAAAAAGAAAUCUUAUCUGGGACAAAACUUAUCAAGCCUGCAGCUUCGGGUAGACCAGCUCCCCAAACUGAAAGCUGCCUGACUCCUGAGAAGUCUGUACAUCCUGCAGAAACAGAGUCCUGUGUUCAGUCUCGGAAUGAUUCUUCAGGACGCCAUGGUGGGACAAAGGAGACAGAACUAAUUAUGUUUAAAAGAGUUCAGGAAGCAGAGGAAAAAUGGAGGAGUGCACAAGCCCUGAUUGACCAAAUUAAAGUCACAUUCUCAGAAAAGGAGAAAGAGCUGGAAAAUAAGAUGGAAGAACUAAAGAGACAACAAGAGAAGGAGCUCUUCAAACUGAAUCAAGACAAUUAUAUUCUUCAAGCCAAGUUAAGUAACUUUGAAGAAACAAACAAAAAACAGAGGUGGUUACAUUUUGAAGAAACAACUGAUCCUGUCACUGAAGAAAAACUGAAGCAAAUCCAAAAAGAAAUACAAGAACAGGAGACACUCCUUCAGGGAUAUCAACAGGAAAAUGAAAGACUAUAUAAUCAAGUGAAAGAUCUCCAAGAACAAAACAAGAAAAAUGAGGAGCGAAUGUUCAAGGAAAACCAGGGUUUAUUCAGUGAGUUAGCUUCCUUAAAGGAGCAGAUGCACCAAAGUCGUUUCCUAUCUCAAGUAGCUGAGACUUCAGAACCUUCUGGAAACCAGAAUUUUACAGAUCUCUUAACAGAACUACGGGUGGCACAGAAAGAAAAAAUAAGUUUAGUAGAAGACAUCAAAAGAUUGAAACAGGACAAACAAGCUCUUGAAGUAGACUUGGAAAAAAUGAAGAAAGAGAGAGACCAGGCCAAGGAUCAGAUUGCUUACGCCACAGGUGAAAAAUUAUAUGAAAUAAAAAUUUUAGAAGAAACACAUAAAGAAGAAAUCAGUCUUCUGCAAAAAAGAUUACAGUGGUUUGCUGAAAAUCAGGAACUACUGGAUAGAGAUGCAGUUCGACUUAAAGAAGCAAAUGAAGAAAUUGAGAAGCUCAAACUUGAGGUCGAGAAACUGAAAGCUGAAUCUGGAAAUCCAUCUCUUCAGCAGAAGAUACGCUUGAAAGAUAGAGCAGCUGAUGCCAAAAAAAUUCAGGAUCUAGAGAGACAAGUGAAGGAAAUGGAAGGAAUUCUAAAGAGAAGAUAUCCCAAUUCUUUACCUGCUUUAAUAUUGGCUGCAUCAGCAGCUGGUGAUACAGUGGACAGAAAUACAGUAGAAUUUAUGGAAAAAAGGAUAAAAAUACUUGAAGCUGAUCUGGAGGGCAAAGAUGAAGAAGCAAAGAAAAGCCUUCGUACCAUGGAACAACAGUUUCAGAAAAUGAAGAUUCGGUAUGAACAGAGACUAGAGGAGCAAGAGCAGCUACUUGCCUCCAGAUCAAGGGGAGCACCUCAGAACCAGCGUGGGGACCUCUCCAGAGUUAAAGCACUAGAGAAGGAACUCAGCGACAUGAAGGAAGCCCAUCAAGUCACUGUAAGAAACCUUGAAGCUGAGAUAGGCAUUCUUAAACAUCAGAAAGCUGAAUUGGGACUCAAAAAAAAAGAUAAAGAUGAUAAAGAUUUCCAGUCUAUAGAAUUCCAGGUGGAACAGGCUCAUGCCAAAGCUAAAUUGAUGAGGCUUAAUGAGGAACUGGCUGCAAAGGGGAGAGAAAUACAAGACCUUUCAAAAACCGUGGAGAGGCUUCAGAAGGAGAGAAGGACGAUGCUCUCUAGUCAGAGUUCCCAGGGUAGAGAGGAAGCGACUACAAACAGGGUGAAGAAAGGUGUGCCACCCGCAGGGAAAGGGGACGCGCUCUCCUCCUCUGCGGCGCUGGGGGGCAGACUUUACCAACCAGAUGCUUUUACAGAUUCCCAUCUUUCAGAGGUUUUACAGGAAAACCGCAGAUUGAAAAGUGAACUGCAGAGAUUAACUAUAGAGAGGAGUGAGCUGCAUAUGAAAUCUGAUGUAGCAGUGAAUCAAUUUGAAGAUUCCAUGAAAAGGAUCAAGGAAGAUGCUGCAGCACACAUCACAUCUCUCAAAGCCUCUCAUCAGAGGGAAAUAGAGAAACUCCUUUGCCAAAAUGCAGUAGAAAAUUCUUCUUCCAAAGUAGCCGAAUUAAAUCGCAAACUAGCAACUCAAGAGGUACUUAUAAAGCAUUUCCAAAAUCAGGUUAAUGAGCUGCAGGGUAAACAGGAGUCUCUUGUAGUUUCUCAAGUUCGAGAAGAAAUUCUACAGAAAGAGAUAACAAAACUCUUAGAGGAAUUGAGAGAAGCUAAAGAAAACCAUACACCAGAGAUGAAACAUUUCAUGGGCUUAGAAAAGAAAAUUAAACAGAUGGAAAUAAGACAUAAACAAAGAGAGCAGGAACUUCAACAGAUCAUACAGCAAACCCAGCAAGUAGUAGAAACUGAACAAAGCAAAGAAACUGAGAAGUGGAAAAGACUUGCCCAGUUGAAGAAUCGUGAGCUGGACAAGUUCCGCACAGAACUGGACUCCGUAUUAGACGUCCUCCGAGAGCUGCACCGGCAGGGGGCAGGGGUCCCCGCUGCUUCGGCAGCCGCCCCGAGGACACCAAAGUGUCACUAGAGACUCGCAGGGCCUCACAGGAGGACUUGGGGAUGGAUGGUGGACGGGAUUGUGCCAGUUUCGAAGGAAGCUUUGAAAGCAACAAGCAACUAACACAAAAGGAACAUUUCAAAACAAAUUGCACUUAACCAGUAAGAAAAAAAAUAGCACUGUGGUAUCUUACUGAAAAUUAUUAACCAGUCACAUUUUAAAUCAUUUAUGGACAAGGCCCUUUAUGUCCAUGAUUAGAACCAGUAAGGUUUAUUGUAAAAGGACACAUGCUAAGGAAAGGAAAGUGCAUAUAUGCAGCCAUCAUUGACUAAAUGUGUAUUCCUAAAUCUCGGAGACAGAAAAACGGCUCCUCUUUCUCUUGGAAACGGGGAGGAAUGUGAGCAAGUGGCGUGCACAGUCACAUGGACGGUCCCCUGAGUAGCAGAGCUUCCAUGAUGACUUAACAAGACCUGUGACGUCCACACGGGAAGCAGGUGAGCUCUCGCGCUUUCCCUCGGAGCUCCACUCCUGCCUCUAGUUGCCUCCCGUCUGUACUUGCCAUCAGGUGAAGAAUGUAUUUUACAAGCGCUAAGAGGAUUUGGUAUAUUCAUUGUUUUAAUUUUUUAUGCUGUGUGUCUUAAAUGCAAGUCCUUGUUUGUAACUCUAAGAUUAUAAAUAGAACAUAACAUUUUUACUUUCUCUACUUAAAAAGUAAUAUAUAUUCAUUAGAAAAAAGCAUGCAUACUCGUGUGAUUAUUGGUUUAUGUUACAAUCCCAUCCCAAAAGCGGACGGUGAGUAUAAAAGAUACUAGUAAGUUAAAGAUAUGGCCAUUUUGUUUUUAAGUGUUCUAGCCUAGUUGCUAUCCAAUAAAAGUAUAAUGGAGCCACAUGUAAUUUUUUAUUUUUCUUGUAGCCACAUUUAUCUUUUUACGGUAAAAAGAAACAGAUGAAGUUAAUUUCGGUAAUUUAUGUAAUAUUUCUAAAAUAUCAAUAUAAAAAUUGAAUUUUUACAUUCUUUUUUUCAUUCCAAGUCUCUAAAAUCUGGUGUAUUUAACAUUUAACAGCAUAUCUCAGUUUGGACUAGCCACAUUCCAAUUGCUCAAUAGCCACAUGCCAAUAAAUGCAAUUCUAGAAUAAUAACUGAAAUACUUUGUAAAGGACAGGUGAGAUCGAUUUUGGUGAAAUUAUGGGUAGCAAGUGAAAUGUGGAAGUUAAAUAUAAGGAAUGCAA